CGGCAGCGCAGACCUUCCCACUGUGGCAGCACCGCUUCCCCAUCUCCCUCCCUCCCGGCAUGCCAGUCCCUUCACGCCUGUUCCGGUUCGGCGGCGCGCGGAGAUUGGCUUUUCGAUCCCGGCGGCCGGAAGCGGGACAUUUGAACGGUGCUGAGAAGAGCUGCCCGCGUCCUGCGGGUCGCAGAAUGGCCGGAGGUGACUAUGAGGAAAUUCUCAAGUACUAUGAAUUACACGGAACAGUCGGUACAGGUGGGUUUGCAAAGGUAAAACUUGCGCGACAUCGUCUCACUGGUGAAAAAGUUGCAAUAAAAAUCAUGGACAAGCUUGCUUUACAGGAUGACUUGCCUCGUGUUAAAUUAGAAAUUGAUGCCAUGAAGGACUUGAGUCACCAGCACAUUUGUCGGUUGUAUCAUGUGAUUGAGACACCCAAGAAAAUAUUCAUGGUUUUAGAGUACUGUCCUGGAGGAGAGCUGUUUGAUUACAUCAUUUCUAAGGACCACCUUUCCGAGGAAGAAGCUCGCAUAUUUUUUCGGCAGAUUGUUUCAGCAAUUGCUUAUGUGCACAGUCAGGGAUAUGCCCACAGGGAUCUCAAACCAGAAAAUUUACUGAUUGAUGAGGAACAUAAUCUGAAGCUGAUAGACUUUGGACUUUGUGCAAAGCCAAAGCGUGGCCUUGAUUACCAUCUGAACACCUGCUGUGGAAGCCCAGCUUAUGCAGCACCAGAGCUGAUUCAGGGCAAAGCAUACAUUGGCUCAGAGGCAGAUAUUUGGAGUAUGGGAGUACUGCUGUAUGCUCUGCUGUGUGGCUUUCUCCCCUUUGAUGAUGAUAAUGUCAUGGCUGUCUACAGGAAGAUCAUGAGAGGAAAAUACAGUAUUCCAAAGUGGCUCUCUCCUAGUAGUACACUGCUCCUUGACCAAAUGCUCCAGGUUGACCCAAAGAAGCGGAUUACAGUCCAACACCUGUUAAGUCACCCUUGGCUCAUGCAAGGUUUUUCUGAUGCUGUUCAGUGGCAAAGUAAAUACCCACUGGAACAUCUUGAUGAGGACUGUGUAAGAGAGCUUUCUGUGUUUCAUGAGCAGAGCAGGGAGACCAUAUUGCAAUUAAUAACAGAGUGGAAAUAUGACCACAUGUCAGCAACAUACCUCUUGCUUCUAUCCAAGAAGGCUCGUGGCAAGCGUAUUCGUUUAAGGUUUCCAUGUCUAACAGGGCAUGCCAGUACCAUGAUGUCGACAGGCCUUGAGCAUUCGAGGCCUGAUGCCCAACUGGAGGAUACAGAAUUCACAGUGUCAACUCCAGUGACAAGAAAAGUGGCAUCAAAGAAGCAUAACAACAAAGAGAAUGUUGAGACAGUGUCAGCUUUCAGAAAUGAAAUGCCCUUUGCACUUCCUACUCCAAAGACUCCUUUUGCAAAGAGUCAGAUUGAGACGCAGGUACAAGCUGCUCCCCUUAGGGCACCUGCUUUCAAAGAGAGUCCGUUCACUGCAGUCACCCCAAUUAAGAAACUCACAAACCCAACAAAUGCAGAUGAAUUGGCAGCAGCUGAGAUUCUUCCCGAAAGAAGGUGUCAGUCAGUGGAAUUAGAUCUCAACCUUGCACUUGUGGAUAGCAGCCAAAAGAAGAGAAAAGCCAAAAUACUCGGAAGUCUUGAAAGAGGCCUAGAUAAAGUGAUCACAAUGCUUACACCAAGCAAGAAGAAACGAUGCACUAGACACUGUCCAAGGAAACUUAAGCCUGUUAAACAGAGAUGGGAUGGAUCCACCUGUCUAAAGCAGGCAAGAAAAUCUUUGGCAGCCCCUUGGCCAGUUUGGAGAGACAGACUUUAAACUGAAGGACUUGGGAGUGGGAUUCAAAAUGCUUGUGCCAUUGCUUCCUCCUGGUGAUUAAGUGACACCAACCAGUGUAGAUGUUCCUUGGCUACCUCUCAAGAUGAGGAUCAAAGGGCAGACCACACUGAGGGUAUGUAUGGCUGUGGUUAUUGCUCUUACACCCCUUCUGUGCAACCCAGUUGCUUGAUUAUCUCUAUGAAGUGCCUGGACACAUACAUGCACAGCAUGGGCAAUAAACAAGAACUAGAAAUCUAUGUAUGGUCACAGGGCCAUGAUCUCAUUGUAAUGACAGAGCAUGGUGGAAUAGAUCAUGUGACUGAAAUGUUGUCAUGGAUCGCCAAGUCAGUAUGAUGAGGUAGUGGAGUUGCUCAUUAUGUGAGAGACCAACUGUAACGUAUUGAGCUCUACCCAGGGUCAGGUGAAUGAGUUGAGAGUUUAUAGGUGAGAAUUUAAGGGAACGUUUUAAAUAGGUGACACUGUUGUGCGUGUUUACUAUAGUCAACUUUAUCAGGAGGAGGAAGUUGAUGAACCUUUCUGUGGACAGAUGGAAGUAGCCUUGUGGUCACAGGUCCUAUUUCUCCUGGGGGACUUCAACCACCCCGAUAUUUCUUGGAGGGACAACAUGACACAGCACACACAGUCCAGGAAAUUCCUGCAGAUUACUGAAGAUAACUUUUUGACGCAAGUGGUGGAAGAACCAACAAGGCAAGGUGUGUUGCUGGACCUUGUACUAACAAACCAGGAGGGACUGAGUGAGGAUGUGAAGGCUGUAGUGACCUUCACUGUAGUGACCAUGAGAUAAUGGAACAUGGGAUCUGUGUGCAGGAAGCAGAGUGGUAAAAGCACUAGAAUCCCAAACUUUUAGAGAGUUAACUUCAACUUCUUCAAAGAUCUACUUAGAGGAAUCCCAUGGGAUGGGGCUCUAGAAGAGAAGGGAGUCCAAGAGAGCAGGUCAAUAUUCAGGCAUCACUUCCUCCAAGCUCAAAUCCAUCAUAUCCCUGUGAUAAAGAAAUUAGGCAAAGGGGGCAGGAGAUAUGCAUGAAUUAGCAGGGACCUUCUAGCAAACCUCAAAUGGAAGAAAGAAAUGUAAAAGAUGUGAAAAAAGGGACAGGCCAUAUGGGAGGACUAGCAACAUUGUCAGAAUACGGAGGAAUAUGAGUAGAAAGGUUAAGGCCCACUUGGAAUUGAGUCUGGCAAGGGAUACCAAUGAAAACAAGAAGGCAUUCUACAAGUACAUCAGCAGCAAAUAUAAGAUUAGGGAAAACGUGGGGAUGCUGUUGAAUCAGGUGGGUGUCCUAGCAAUGAAAGACACAGAGGAGGCAGAAUUACUGAAUGCCUUCUUUGCCUCAGUCUUGAAGCUGGGGGUCUGGGUGAUCCACCUGGAGGCUGUCAUUCAAGUGGGAAUUUGAUAGGCUGGAAAGUUGGGCAGAGAGAAACCUAAUGAAGUUCAACAAGGGCAAGUACAGGUCCUGCACCAGGGGAGGAAUAACCCCAAGUACCAGAACAGAUUGGGAAUGACCUACAAGAGACCAGCUCUGUGGAGAAGGACAUGGGGGUACUGGUGAAUGACAAGUUCACUGUGAGCUGACAGAGUGCCCCUAGGGGCCAGGAGGGCCAGUGGGAUCCUGGAGUGCAUCAGGAAGAGUACAGCCAACAGGUCAGGGAGGGGAUCCUGCCCCUCUGGCCUGGCCAGGUGAGGCUACAUCUGGAAUGCUGUGUUCAGUUCUGGGCUCCAUACUUCCAGAAAGACAAUGAGUUGCUGUAGAGGGUCCAGCAGAGGACAUAAAGAUGGUAAGAGGCUGGAGCAUCUCUUAUGAGGAGAGACUGGGAGCUGAGCCUGUUUAGUCUAAAGAAGAGAAGACUUAGAGGGGAUCUCGUCAAUCCAUAGAAAUACCUCAAAGGGUUGUCAAAGGAUGGUGCCAGACUCUCUUCAAUGGUGUCCUGUGACAGGAUGGGGAGCAGUGGCCAUAAAAUAAACCACACCAAGUUCCACCCCAGCAGGAGGAAGAACUUCUUUACAUUGAGGGUGGCAGCGCACUGAAAGAAACUGCCCAGGGUGGUCAUGGAACCUCCGUCUCCGGAGGCAUUCCAAGUUCACCUGGACACAUUUCUAUGUCACCUGCUCUAGGGGACCCCUGGCAAGGGGAUUGGUUUGCAUGAUCUCCAGAGGUGCCUUCCAACCCUAGUGAUUCUGUAAUUCUGUAUACAUCACUCAAAUGCAACUUAUAUACUUCAGAAGCUAUACAAGGAAAAAUUUGUACUUGAAUCUGUAGGCAACGUGUUUGAAAAAUGUAAUUACCAUGAAAGAGGGCAGGUUGUUUACCAAGGCAUAAGCGAUUGUGUAGAAGCCAGUGAUGUGUCCCUUCAGCUAACUGGCUGCUGGGAUAACUACUACAUACUGAGAGCUGUCUGUCAGUCAUACAAGUUCAGGACACGAUGUUGGUCAGGUUUGUUGUACAAACCUGACCAGCCAGUCAGACAGGAGUGUAGACUGUGCAAAUAGUCCAGGAACCUGAGCAACUGGAAGCUGGCUAUUCUGUCACUAAAUGCCUUUAGCCUCCGCCCUCAGUUUCUCUUGACUAUAGUAUAUGCAAAAUUUCUGAGGCAUGUCUAGAGACACUGGAUUACAGUACAGCAAGACAGUGUUACAGCAGGUAUGUCAGGGAAUUGCAUACAUUUAAAUCUGAAUAAGGACCACAAGAACCACUCUUCUACUGACUUUGCAUCCUCAACCUAUGUUCAUUUUUCAAGCUGUUUUUCAGUCUUGUCUUCUCUUGGCUGCUUCUGUGACUUCAGAAACCAGACAGGACAUGUUGGCAUGUUAAAAUUGUCAUACACUUUCUCCCGCUACCUCUGGGCAUCUGCUAGUUGUUCAAGAGGUCACUUAGUGCACAAGACUGUUAUAUGAAGUACUAGGUGACUGAAAGCCCCUGUAACAGUAAAUUUAAAAGUAGUAAGUAACCUCUUUUCUUUACACAUGAAAAGUCGCAUGGUGCUAUGCCCGUUCCUUGGUAUCAGAAGUACUCUGUCUCAGCUUAAGGCCAUUUCCCAACUCGAGCAUACAAAAGGGUGAUAGUUUGGGGAUGUUGAAGCAUUUGUCAUUAUGGUUAGCUGUUCUGAAACUUCCUUAGUGAAAACUUUUUACAAUGUCUCAGUUUUAAAAGAGUUUUUUUUUAUUAUUAUUAUUAUUCCUUAAAUUGUUUUAACAAGC